CGUGCGCGCUCCCGCCCGCCCUCCCUCCCUCCGGGGCUGAGGCGGUUCUGGGGCCCGCCCGACAUCCCUGCAUCCCAGACAGAGAAGGAAGAACGGCAGCCAGGGAUGCUGGCACCCGGGGGAGGAGCGGCGGCGGCCAAGGGCAUCCGCACAGAGCAGAGCAUGGCGGCAGCGCGGACCUAAAGAUGGAAAGAUCUGGGAGAGGAGCUGGAGGAGGAGGCAGGAAUGCAGGAGGGGGCUCUGGGGUCAGCAGAAGCGGCCUUUACACCCAGGCCCAGCAGUCCCCGUGUCCGCACUACCCCCCAGCCGCCGGCACUGCCGUCUGCCAAGCCGGGGCCACCGUGGAGAUCCAGGAGCUGGCCUCAAAGCGGGUGGACAUCCAGAAGAAGAGGUUCUACCUCGAUGUCAAGCAGAGUCCCCGCGGCAGGUUCCUAAAGAUCGCGGAAGUCUGGAUAGGCAGGGGCCGGCAGGACAACGUCCGCAAGAGCAAACUGACCCUGUCGCUGUCGGUGGCAGCUGAGCUGAAGGAGUGCUUGGGGGACUUCAUCGAGCACUACGCCCACCUGGGCCUGAAAGCCCACCGGCUGGAGCACAGUCAUGACAGAGACCACGAUGCCCGCAGGCGGCCACAGUCCUCCGCCCCAUCCCCCCCGGCCUCUGUGGCUUCAGAGGAGCCCCCUCACAGCGUGCUCAAGACUGACUACAUCGAAAGAGACAACAGAAAGUACUAUCUGGACCUGAAGGAGAACCAGCGGGGCCGCUUCCUCAGGAUUCGGCAGACCCUGACCCGCGGCCCCGGAGGCAUGGGUUACUUUGGGCACACUUUGGGCCAAGAACAAACGAUCGUCCUUCCGGCGCAGGGAAUGAUCGAGUUCAGGGAUGCCUUGGUCCAGCUCAUCGAAGACUAUGGUGACGGUGACCUUGAGGAAGUGCAGAGGGGCGGGGAAGAGGAGCCCCUCGAGCUCCCGGAGGGCACUUCCUUCAGGGUGGACAACAAGAGGUUCUACUUUGACGUGGGCUCCAACCGCUAUGGCGUUUUCCUGAAGGUAAGUGAGGUGAGGCCCCCUUACCGUAACACCGUUACUGUGCCAUACAAAGCGUGGACACGGUUUGGGGAGAAUUUUAUCAAAUACGAAGAGGAGAUGAGGAGAAUUUGCAGCAGCCAUAAAGAGCAGAGAAUGGAUGUCAGAAGGGACAGUGGCGAAGAGCAAGAAGGUCUCGACUAGAGGACCGGCGAACUGCCCGUCUGUCCUCCGUCUGGCGUGAUUUGGAGAAGCAUUCCUUCCUCUGGGGGUCCCUCCUUGCCCACUCCAUCUCCUGUCCCUCCACUGUCAGCAGUCUGGUUGUCCUAGUCACACUCUGUAGAACCCAAUAGAAGCCUCCUGGGGAGGUCUGGGGGAAUUCCAGCCUUCCCAGAGCUGCGUCCUUGGCAGCUGAGCACUCGACUCUUGACCCAGGCAGGUCAGCGCGGUGGUGACAUUCUGACCUUUAGAUUAGCGGCAAGGCUUAUAUUGGUUGCACUAUUACCCAAUCCCAAGAAGACACUUGAGCCUGCUGUGGAAGGCUGGGCUUUCUGCCUGACGGGUUUCCCAAAAGGAGAAUUUAGGGAAAAGCUGCUAGGAUAAAUUGUAGGGAAUUUGCUACCAGAACAAAACCAGACUCUCCAUAGUCUGCAUUGCUGCUUAUGAGCAAAAGUAGAAAUCUCAAAAUGUCUGAAAUGUUCGCGCUCCACAAGGGUAGAAAUCUUGGGAACCAGCCACCUCCUUAGGAAGCUCGUUGGCAUACCAUAAUUGGAUGAGUUAGAAUGCCAGUGGUUCUGCGACCGCAUCAUUCUGGGUUCACCCUGCCCUAGACACGCGCCACCACAAAGCCACGCUGCUGGGUGCCCUUCGGGGACCGUGGAAGAUGAGAGGGAUAUUUUUAAUGGUUUUCCAAAUUCCAGAACUAUUUUUAUAUCCCUUUGGAGGGUGGGGGAGACUCCACCUUAUGGUUUUGUGGUGGGCAUGUAGGCAUGGAGCGUUUUCUGCUGAUCCCCUGCGGGGGUUAUGGCUUCUCAGAUGUUAGCUAGCUGGUGGUUUCCGGGUGGCCAGUGAAAGUAGCGUUUUUAGGCUUCUCCUUGGAGAGAGUAGUUAAGGAUUGGGCAAACCGCUUAGAUACACAGAUCUGUCCGUGACUGCGGACUCCAAUCGCACCUUUGUGAUUCAGCCGAUGAGGCUGGCUCAACAUUUCCAAUAGAAACGUGUUACAUACAGGCUGGCUACGUCCAGAAAAAGGAUUUCCCCAGGCUGUGUGCCACAGUGGGAGAAGGUUAUUUAAAGCUUGGUUGUAGGCACUUUUCAAAGCAAAAAAAUAAGGUGCUUUUUGUAACCCUUUAAAAAAGUUUUCUUUACAGAAGAUCUACCCUUUUGUCUAUUUUUAAUAUUAAUUUCAAAAAAGGCCCAGCAAUUUUUCAUCUCCUAAUUAUUUUUUCCCACAAGUGAGCACACAGCACACGUGUGCCUCAGCCAGCUUUCUGUUAAUUGAAUGAAAUUUCAUCUCUCCAGCUGCAUUUUCUUGUGAAUGAAAUGAUUGCCCUUCAUCUUGGAUUUAUUCUGCUCCCACCUCAGCUAUCUAAAAGCCAAACACUGAUUUCAGUCCCCAGAGUCAGCUCUCCCCGAUCUCUGUGAGAACUGGUGGCUGGGAUUGAAAACAGGGCAUGGCCUUUAGCAUACAUGGUUUUUAAAACUCAAAUACUUUUAACAAAAAAAAGUUUUGCACUAAAGUUGCCCCAGAAUGCACUUCAGUAAGCAUGAUCCGAAAACAUCACGGUUCUGAUGAAAGUAGGAGAAUCGAGAAGGCAACAGCUCCUUUCCGUGACCCAGCCGAGUUUUAGGGCGCUGGGGCUCGGGGACAGAUACGGUCUGUUACAAAGGGACCUUCGCAAGCUCGGUGUGUGUCGCUGGACCGUCACGAUCUCUUUGAAGCUGCUGACUAUGAGAAGGUAACAAUCCCGGUGCGCAUGGUGGCGGCCAAGGCACCACAAGGAGCAAGGCUGUUUUCAAGAAGCCGCAAAUGUGAGUAGAAAGAUUCUGUGGCUUUGCCUAAAGCCCAGUGCCGUACACUUGGAGCGCUGGCAUGACUGCCUUGUCAGAUUCCAGCCCCCACCAGCGGGAGGCUCGGGUCGGCCCAGCCUGGUGGGCAGUCCGACACCUAACGUUGUCUCUUUCGUUGUUCCAGUCUAAAGCGUGUGGCGUCGGGUGCCGGUCGAUAGUGCUUCCUUUCUUGCUUUUCAUUAGUCUCAGACAGGAAGUAUCUGUGUACCAAUGCAAAUGCCUGUAUUCAGUGUUCGUGCUGGCAUCAUUUUGCACCAGGUUUUUCUUUAGGAUAGUUGAGCAAAUAACAUUCCAACACGGAUACAUCCUGUACAAGGAAAAAAGUCAUCUGAGAGCUUUCCGUUGGACUGAUGAGUUUCAACUGCCAUAAUCUAGUUACAGCCAACCUUUCGAAUAGUCUGUAAACUAAAUAACGUAUGUAACUAUUUAAUCCCUUAAUUUCUUUUUCCCAUUAUUUAUAUUUCUUUGAAAAAUGAAGGGAAACGGUGUUUUUCUAAGAAAGAUACCCAGGAAGUCACUGGCCAUAGGCUGAUAAAAUCCAAUUCCGAAUUUUGAUGCCAAGGCACCUAGCUAUUGCCAGGUAUCUCCUAAAAUGAGCUAUCACUUUGGCAUGUGCAAUACACCUUUUAUUUGUUGUCGUUUAUCGUUUUGACAUGGAGUUGUACAAAAGAAGGGGAAGCCCUGCCUUGAAGACACUCAGUUCUAAAGGUGCCUGGCUUUCCGAGGGCACAAAAGCGCAUUUCUGUUUGGAACCUGCUGCCGUUACUCUUUUUCAAAACCAAAACCACUCGUUCUCUGUGCAGUCUGAAAGCACUUGAUAUUUGCACAUUGGAAUCCAAGGAGAAAAAGUCCAAAUGUAACAGCAUGAGCUUAUAGGGCUAGAUUUGAAAACGGUUCCUCCCCACCUGUGGCCUGGCGACGUCAGCAGCAGCAAGAGCAUCGCCGUAUCGGGGACCUCGACUUGAGCUGUGUUUGCAAAUCGUUUUCAUUUGUUUGAACCCCAAUAACGUCCAUGCACCUUAAACUUGAGUAGAACACAAGCCUAUUUGCACUAAAGAACACGGCCAAAAACGAAAUCCAAGCUAGGACAGGGUGGACACAAGUAGGCGGAACCUCUCGAAAUACUUGGUUCUUUGGGAGAAUUUCACAUUCCAGCCCCACUCCUAUUUUAGACCUGUGCGGUCCAGGCAGAAGCAUCUGCCCUUUCACUGAUUUAGCGAUUUAAUAACGAUGAUGCACUUUACCUUUUGUAUAUAACGUGUACAUUGCUGCGGCCUGAUGGACGGAAUGUGCUUUGGUAGAGCUGUCUAGUCGGUAUCUGUGUCGAGUGUUCUUCUGCAUGCGGAUGUUUUCUUAGCGCCGUUGUAAUCCCUUGAGCCCAGUGAAUCGGUGUCCUGGAGAAGGGCAGGAAAAAAAACAAAAAUGAUACACAAAUCUCCAAAAUAUUUAUAAUGAAUUUUCGA